UUUUGAUCAGUUGACCACAAAGCCGAUACAUGGUGCUGCAUCCACCAAACUUUCCUGAAUCGUCUUGUUCGGAAGAACAUGAAAAAAUCAUAACCUCUUACUCAUCUUCUUCCUCAACGCCUCAAUGGAAAUAUGAUGCUUUCCUCAAUUUCUAUGGCAAAGACACUCGCACAAGUUUUACAGAUCAUCUAUAUGUUGAUUUAAAACGGAACGUCAUUCUUGUCUUUAGGGAUGACGAAACACUCAAGCGAGGAGAAUACAUUUCUCAAGCGCUUCCAAAAGAAAUUCAAGAAUCCCAAAUCGCAAUCGUCAUUUUUUCUACAAAUUACGCUUCUUCCAGAUGGUGCCUCAUGGAACUUGCAAAGAUCGUUGAAUGGGAGGAAAAGACAGAGCUCACAAUCUUUCCAAUUUUCUACUGUGUGGAUCCUUCUAAUGUGAGAAAUCAGACAGGAUAUUUUGCAGAAGCGUUAGCCGCACAUGAAGAAGAUCCGAAUAUUGACGUAGAGAAGAUACGAAUGGGGAGAGCUGCUCUCAGAAAGGUCGGCAGUAUCGUCGGAUGGCACAUACACGACAGGUACGAAUGAAUGAUUAUACAAGAAAUCAGUGGUAGUAUAUCUCGUGAGUUGAAUUCUAGAUUCUCACGUCAUGAUUACGAUAAACUUGUUGCCAUAGACUCCCGUGUAGAGGAAAUGAUGAAGUUAUUGGAUAUGGAAUCGAAUGAUGUUCGCUUUGUAGGAAUUCAUGGGAUGGGUGGCAUUGGUAAGAUAACGCUAGCCGAAAUAAUUUAUGAUAGAGUUUCUAAUUGUCGUUUUGAAGGAAGCAGCUUUAUUUCUUGUAUUAGAGAAAAAUCUACUACUUCUCGUGAUCUAGCUUCUUUACAAAAACAACUACUUUCAACAAUCAUGCAAGAAGAAAUAAAUGUAUGGGAUCAUCACCUGGGAAUUAGGAUGAUAAUGAAGAUGCUACAGAAUAAAAGGGUUUUUAUCGUCCUUGAUGAUGUGGAUAGUGAAAAGCAACUGACGACAUUAGCAGGGAAUCAGAAAUGGUUUGGUCCAGGGAGUAGGGUGAUUAUAACAUGCAGAGAUAGUCAUCUGUUGAGAACACAUGGAGUGUAUGAUAUCUGUAAGGUUGAGCAGCUUCAUGCUGCUGAAGCUUUGCAACUCUUUAGUUUGUCAGCAUUGAAGAAAACCCAUCCUACAGAGAAUUACAUGGAUCUAUCUAAGCAUUUUGUGAAGUAUGCUCAAGGCCUUCCUUUAGCUCUUAAAGUUUUGGGUUCCUUCUUAUUUGGGAGAACAAUGGAUGCAUGGGAAAGUGGUAGGGAUCAACUAGAAGUAGUUCCUAACAAAGAUAUUAUCAAUAUACUUCAACUAAGUUUUGAGGGGCUGGAAGAUUCGCAGAAAAAAUUAUUCUUGGAUAUGGCUUGUUUUUUUCAAGAAGAGUGG